UGCUCGGCUCCCGGCCCCUUUCCUCUCCCGUCGCACUCUGGGCAUUGGCUCCUCCUGCUCCUCCUGCCCUUGCUGUCUCUCCUGCUUCAUCUACUCCCUCUGCCUCCCUGCCCUCUCUGCAAUCCGUCUCCCACUUGUCCCUUUCCUCGCUCUACCGGCCCCUUGGCUCGUGUCUUGCAGAGGAGACGACCGCCGAUUCGCCCUGUGUCCCUGGUCCUCCUCCUUUCGGGGCGACCCUUCCUUCGGCAUCACACGUUCGUCUUUGACCUUCGAAACUCAGCCGUUUAUUCGUUCUUCGUAGAGACUGUCCUUCCGCUGAUCCAGCAUCCGUGUCCGUCGUGAUCACCAUACUAUCAACCCCUUCCCGAUGACUCUCCCUAUCGUCUACAAGCGGGUGAUUGUCCAGACUCUGCACGCCUACAAAGGCACCGAGGAGUCGACCCUGACCUUCAACAAAGGCGAACUCGUCCAUGUUCUGAAUCAACUCGAGUCGGGAUGGUGGGACGGUGUCCGCCUUCCCUCGGGCGAACGAGGCUGGUUCCCGUCCAACUACGUUGUUCGGAUUGACUCCGAAAUUGUGGCCGUUGGCAAUCCGGCCUUCGACCAAGUUUCGGUCCAGACUGGCUCCAGCGAACACUCGCUGUUCAACAUGCAUAGCUUGUACGAUAUACAUAGAGACAAGUUUGGCUCGAUUGCCGAUAGCGUUGUUUUUGGUAGCGACAUGGCUGGCAUCUCCGCGGCACAGGCUGCCCCCGGAACCCUGAGCACGCAAGCUGAAAAAAAAGAGUACUUCCCCUCCUUGGCGGUAGUCGGCGUCCACUCGCUCCUGUCGUUUCGAACGGGAUCGAUCUCGACUCCAAGCGACAGCGGCCCUGAUCGAACCAGCACCAAUCGGACCGGCUCGUCUUCGGAAUGGCCAUCCGCAUCCGUACCCGAGCCCUCCUCCGUUGCACAGACGCCUAUCGAAUACAACUAUCGUCAAGUGGAAACCACCUUCAAGUUUCCGCCAAACUCGGGCCCGCUCUCUGCCGAUCCGAGUAUCGGAAGCUGGGCAGAUGAAACCCUGCAAUCCUUGGAGUUGCGAAACCCCUCCAUCCAGAGUGACCGAAUCUCGAUGGACCGUGGGCACUCGUCGCACUCGACCACGCCGACCACGCCCUUUGGUCAGUCAUCGUCCUUUUCCCAGAUCAUACAGGCCGACCUUGAGAGGAUGAACCUCGGCCAACUCCAGAGCGGACAGCGAGCCUCCGUCAGCAACCAACCGUGUCUUUACUUUGAAUCCGAAGACGGCAACCAUCUCUACUACCAACAUGCCAACAAGAUCGGUGGCCCUAUACCAGAGGGCUACCAAACCUCCGAGGUCUCGGACUCGCCCGUUACUUUUGGCGUACCCGAGGCGCCCGAGCGCCAUGAAAGCCGCGAGCAGUACACUGACCGCGGAAGCCGCAAGUUUUAUGAUAACUUUGAAGGCCCGGGGCCUUCGGACAGCCAAGAAAACCUUGAAUUUGUGAACGACGAAUGGACCGGCAACGACGAUGAGCUCUUGACUCCGGUAUCUGCGGUUUAUUCCACUGCCGAGUCGCCUUUGACCUCUCCUGGAGCGCCAGAUUCAGCUUCGAUGCUCCCGUUCAAUUGGGGAAAGAAGGAGACGCUGGACGGCCGGGUCUAUUACUUCAACAAAAUCACCGACGAUACCACAUGGAGCCUUGAAGAUAUCGAUCCCAUCACCGGCGAUCUGCUUCGCGCACCUGAAGCCUUUCGCACCGAACUGUUUGAGCAGCUCUAUGCUACACGACUGCCGUUUUUCGAUCAAUCGGACCUUCGCGACAGGUGGACCUUGACCUGGCUAUCCGACGAGAUUUACGCGGCCAUGUCCCGCCUCUCUCAGUCCUUGGGAGUACGAAAGAAGGAGCGGUACAUUCCUCAGGCCGUGGCGAUUGUCGAAGCCAUCCGCGUUAUGCUCUAUUCCACAGGCAUGACCCGUACCGAUGGGCAACAGAUCGCGCCCCAUCCGCAUAUGAUCGCUCAGCACCGCCAGAUCAUGCGCGCCUUGUCGAACCUUGUGGUCGAUGCCAAGCAGGCCUCCAACAUUUGGCCUGCUCCCGAUUCCGUCGUAAAAACCGGUGCCUCCCUCUGCGAAACAUUCACGGCAGUGGCCGAGUUUGUCGCCAACGCAAACAUCAUCAAUAUCCCGAUAACUCUCAACGAGGUUGCCUUGAAGGCUCGCGAUGCCCUUGUCAAUAACAUCAAAUCCUGGGAAGAUGAGAUACGGACCGCUGGGAAGUCAUCUACCGACGAGAAGGGCCCAGCACUGGUCACCCAGCCGGACUCGCAGUCUAAUGUCGAGGUUGUUACCCAUCUUGAGCGCCUUUAUACGCAAGCCAAGGUGCUCCUCACGUCCUUGAUCGGACAUCUGAACGACCCCGAUGAUCCAGGGAGUGACAUGGUUGGCGAAGUUCGUCUGAUCGUGACGGAGAUCGGAAACUUCCUUUCUGUGGUCGAAGAACUCCCGCUCGACAACUUGAAGGAGGAGUCCACGAUCGACUUCAAGGUCAACCGAGUGUCGCUUGUCACCUCCAUCUCGGACCUGGUCAUGACGACCCAGACUGCCAGCAGCCCGCUCGCUCCAUCGAAUGCUCUCGAGCAGGUUCUCAACUGCGCGAGCCUCGUCGAAAAGUCCAUCCGCGAUCUGCUGAUUACGAUCAAGUACAUGCUCGAAGAUCGUAUCCAAAAUGAACAGGGACUUCUCAGCUCGUUCAUCGAGUCGCGCGGCAUCCCUCGCCGUGCCACCGAUGGCUCUACCACCCUACAAGGCAGUAUCAUCAGCCCCCAGAUUGAUCCCCCUCGUCCUGGUGCCCUGUCGACGCCACAAAAUGCUGAGGCCGGCACGUCUCCCACGACGACCAUGAUGAACACGCCCGUAGCUCCGACUCGCUCAUCAUCGAGUGUCUAUGGUAUGAAUCGCCGCUCCAACCGCAGUAACUCGGUCAUGACCGACUCGGAUGCCCAGCAUGGUAGCCAUUUGAUCAAGGGAGCUGUCGAAAGCUACCGUCGCGGAUCGGUGGCCAUUCAGCAGUCGGACACGCCGGAAGUGGUUGUUUCCGAUGCUCCCCUGGCUCAAGUGCCGACUGAGCGAAUCCUUAUUCUCGAAGAGGAUAUCUAUGAGAUUAUUCGAAGCCCGACCUUUGGCUUCAACCCUGUUGUAUGCGACAUCAUCCCGAGCCGACCCAGGGAUCCUUCUGGGUCACUGCCCUACGAAGAAGGAAAAGAAAUCCUUUUUACCCACGAUCGCAAGAUCAAAGCCGGCACUUUGAAUGCCCUUUUGGAGCGGCUAACCUGCCAUGACACCAUAGAGAGCGGAUUCAACCAGACCUUCAUGUUGACGUACCGGUCCUUUACAACAACCACGGUUCUCUUUGACUAUCUGAUCGAUUUCCGGUUCAAUUAUAAUCCCGAUAACAAAUUCAGCGCUAAUGACCUGGAUUCGUGGGCUGAGCGGAGACUGACCCCGAUUCGCCUCAGGGUGUUUUCCAUCAUCAAGUCGUGGCUCGAGGUUCACUGCGAGGACAACGACGAGGACCGUCGCGCUUUGGACAUGAUCCGAAUGUUUGUCAGCACCCGCGGUCCCGAUCAUUUGUCCGCAUCAAUGCGAGUGAUCGGCAAGGCCCUAUACGUCCGUGAGGCCAUUCUCAACAGCGGUCGCGAGGACGUACGGUCUCCGACUCUCCAGCUUACGAUGCAGAACUCGCCCCCGCCAAUCUUGCCAAAGACUUUCACGGUGCUGAGGCUCUUGAACCUCGAUCCGCUCGAGGUAGCUCGGCAGCUUACGCUCAUAACCUCGGAGGACUUUUGCCGACUGAAACCCUGGGAGUUCUUGAGCAAGGCCUGGAGUGACAACACAACCAAGGCCAAAAAUGUCAAAUCCAUGAUCAACAUGUCCAACAUGAUCAGUGGUUGGGUCGUCCAGUCGAUUCUGAUGGAAACCGAAAUCAAGCGACGAUCCUAUGUGAUCAAGUAUUUCAUUGCCAUUGCUGAUUACACAAGACGACUCAACAACUUCAACACGCUCAUGGCGAUCCUUGCUGGACUGAACUCAUCACAAGUGUUCCGUCUCAAGCGUACCUGGGAGCUCAUCGGAAAGUCCCAGCAAACGUUCGAAUCACUGCAGGGCAUCAUGAACCAAACCAAGAACCGAGGCGCGUACCGCGAGGCGCUCCGCACGGCCCAGCCUCCAUGUAUUCCUUUCCUGGGUCAGUAUCUCACGGAUCUGACGUUUAUUGCGGAUGGAAAUCCCGAUUACGUCCAGUCAACUGCCACUGGCAACCAGCUGAUCAACUACAGCAAGCGCACGAAGACGGCCGAGAUCAUUCUUGAGAUCAAGCAAUAUCAAAACCAGUCGUACAACCUGGUCCCUGUGUUGGAGGUGCAGCGUUGGAUCCGUGGCUCGUUCACCGAAAUCCCCCCCGAUUCGGUUUUGUACGAGCAAUCGCUGGCCCUGGAGCCAAAGGAUAGCAAUGCCAAUGAUACGAUUACCAAGGCUCUUAUGGAUAGCGGUAUUCUGUAAUACCCCUCACCAAGGACAAUUCGACCUCCUUCGCUCGUGUUGGGAUGAGGUGGAUUCCACCUCAUCGCAGGCCUUAGUGAGUAUGGGAAACGCUUGUCGGGGCACUGGGGAGUGCACUGCCCAUGAUACUCUACAUAGAUACAAACACAAACUACUUCCACCAGAGGCAUUCGUAUCUGUGGGUUCUCAGCCUGUAUUUCUCUUUUAUCUUUCUUUUGUGCUUUUUUGGCCUGGAUUUUCUUUUUCUUUUUUUUUUUUUAUAUCUCGCUUGUUUUCGCGUCGAGAGUGACGCAAUCAAUACAUAUUGUCGGGUGCCUACUGGUCUCCGGGUCGAGCGGUGCUGAUGGAUCGGCUGGCUGAACAAGAUCGGUCCGGGGCUCGCACUGUUGUGGCGGACACGUGCCACAGGCCCCCAUGUCACGGGGCGGCGCUCGCCU